UUCAAAGAGAUUAUUUUUUGUUGUAGUAUUCUAAAAAAAUUGUCAUUUCACUCUAACAUAGUUUAUUGCAUGAAGAAAACAAAACCCGAAAGUAAUUUCAAACUUUAAUCACUAACAAACGGGCAAUAUAACAGUAAUCGCUCAUUAUUAUCCGUCGCAUUAGAUUCGAUUAGAUAUGUCAGCUAACCAAAAGAUAGUAACCGAAUCUAAUAAAUCGCUCACAACAUAUAUCAGAUACUUUUGAUUGCUGCUGUGUUGUUGUUGGUGCUACUGCAUAUUUACUUGUUCCUUAACCUAAACGAUACAACGUGUUGUGACCGCCUGCCAUCGGAUAGCACUGAUUAUACGGGUUUGUUAACUAAUCUUGGAAUCUCGUCGCGAGCAUAGUGUAAAUACUUGGGUGGUGGUAUUUAUUUCAGUUUGUCGAUGGCAUUAUAAUUUGAGACUUAUUAGAGAGAGGAUGACAAAAUAGCGAACGAACGAUAAGAAGUGUUUGGUUUCAUUGUUGCCGUCGUGUCUUCUUCAGUAGCGUUUAGUUUUUCUUUUUUCAAAUAUUUUUCGUAUCUCGAUUCUAAAUUCAAUUCUUGUCGGAGUGCAUUAACAUUCGUUCGAGCGGUUGUCUAGACGACAUACAUACACAGCACGCACAUACUAAAACAAACACCACUCGCAUACACCCAACACGCUAGAGAGCGGAGAUAGUGCGGAAACAGAAGCAAGCACCACAGUACUUAACCUCUUGUCAGCACCAAAAUAACAUCAAAUCGACAUCAUGGAUCGGAAUAAUGAAAAAACACAUUUUUUAAGCAACUCAAAGCCAGUAACAUUGACACCAUCAUGGGAGGCCCAAAAAUUACCCGAAGAUGAUUUAAAUUUCAAGGGUAUGGAUAAGGAAAAACUGCCGCUUAAACCGCCCCUGGACAAAUGGCGUUUGGUGUUCAUCAUCUUUAUGCUGCACGGUUUGGGUACACUUAUGCCCUGGAAUAUGUUCAUUACGGCGAAAAGCUAUUUCGAGGACUUUAAGUUGGCACCUGUGGAUGGUGGUAAUGGCACCACUGUCUAUGCCAGUAGUUUCAUGCAGUACAUUGGUUUUGCUUCACAAAUCCCAAAUUUGAUUUUCAACUGGCUGAACAUCUUUGUGCAUCUGGGAGGUGAUUUAACAAAGCGCAUUGUUUAUAGUAUCCUGUUUGAAUUGCUGAUUUUCAUUGUUACCGUUCUGUUGGCCAUUCUGGACUCGACAAGUUGGCAGGCUGCAUUCUUUUGGAUCACCAUGAUCAGUGUGGUGCUGUUGAAUAUGGCAAAUGGUAUUUAUCAGAACACCAUUUAUGGUAUGGCAGCUACAUUGCCUAUUAAAUACACCGGUGCUGUAGUGUUGGGCUCAAACAUCAGUGGUCUGUUUGCUUCGGUGGUGUCAAUAUGCAGUACCUAUAUAUUUUCCUCACAUCGCACCUCGGCCAUUUAUUAUUUUAUCACAGCAAUGUUGGUGCUCUUGGUGUGUUUCGAUACCUACUUUGCAUUGCCUCUGAAUAAAUUCUAUCGUUAUCACACCAUGCUCAGACGUAAGGAGGAGAAACCGUUGACAAAUCAACAAGAAGUAACAAAAGUGCCUUACUGGACGGUCUUCAAGCAAGCAUCGCCACAAAUGUUCAAUAUAUUCUUUACGUUCUUCAUUACCCUGUCCGUAUUCCCAGCCGUACACUCGGAUAUUAAAGCCGUAGCCCCGGAUUUUGUUAUUUCACCGGAUUUGUUUGCCUCGAUCACCUGUUUCUUGACAUUUAACCUGUUUGCUAUGUUGGGCAGUUUAACUACCUCCUGGAUCCAAUGGCCUAAACCAAGAUUCCUUUGUGUUCCUGUUAUAUUGCGUGUGGUUUUUAUACCUCUCUUCCUGUUGUGUAACUAUUUACCCAAGGGUGUUGAUCGCACCAUCCCCGUGCUCAUUACAAACGAAUGGGUCUACUGGAUAAUUGCCAUUGUCAUGUCUUACAGUUCCGGUUACCUUAGCUCGUUGGGUAUGAUGUACGCCCCACAAACGGUACAGCCAAAACAUCAAAUUACCGCUGGUAUGUUUGCUGCUGCCAUGUUGAUUACCGGCAUAUUCUCCGGCAUUCUGUUUUCAUUUGUAAUGCCAUCUUUGGUGGCACUUUGAAGACCAGUUCCACUUCACAAUUUAUAUUCAUCCCAAAAAUAAUCACACAUACACACGUCAUGUUUUAAUGUUCUCUUAAGUUUUGUAUACGAAAUUAAGUUAUUUGAUUUUUUUAAUUAUUUUAUCAUCAAGAUUCAUAGGUUUCUUUUAUUUUUUUAUUAAGUACAGUGUGACAGUUAUAGACGGACCAAGACGAGACUAACACUUGCCACAAAUUUCAAAAUUAGUAUUAUCAUUAGAGGAUCACAAAAAAGUAAUAAAACACAAAAGUCGUCUAUAUUAUUGUAAAUCUAUUGUUAUAUCUACUAAAUUAAGCAUAUU